UCACAGCAGUACGGCGACACUAUGCCUCCCAAAGCAUCAGGAAAGGCUGCCAAGAAAGCUGGCAAGGCACAGAAGGCCAUUGCCAAGGGCGACAAGAAGAAGAAGCGCAGGAGGAAGGAGAGCUACUCCAUCUACAUCUACAAGGUGCUCAAGCAAGUCCACCCAGACACUGGCGUGUCCUCCAAGGCCAUGUCAAUCAUGAACUCGUUCGUGAAUGACAUUUUCGAGCGCAUCGCUGCCGAGGCAUCCCGCCUGGCACACUAUAACAAGCGCUCCACCAUCACCAGCCGGGAAAUCCAGACCGCUGUCCGUCUUCUUCUGCCUGGUGAACUGGCAAAACACGCUGUUUCUGAAGGCACCAAGGCUGUUACCAAGUAUACCUCCUCCAAGUAAACAGGCGGCCAGUAUACUGCUGCCAGUAUAAAAUAAUACCCGGCUCCAUUGGAGCCACACUUGAA